AUGUCUCUCUAGUCUGUGAGUUUUGAUGCAGUGGAAUAGACGUGCAUUUUUAUUGUCAAUGCUUGCACCGCUCACCAUUGUAUGUGAUUAUAAACUUGUAGCAAGAUGUCAAAAGGUGUCUGGAAGAAACGCGACCUCUCCACGGCUGGAGGAGCCUCGUUCAUCUGCCUCGUGAUGAUGUUUCUUCUCGUCGCCGUUAUCAAACACCGGGGGACUCUCGUGGAGGAAGGUUCCACCGGGAGAGAGUUCGGGACUCGCUCCCUGCAAAGUUUAAACAGCAUGAAUAAUAAUGACGAACCCGUUAACCAGGCUCCAGCCGAGGAUCGGGUCGGGGAGAAUUGUCAGGCGACCCAGGUCAAGGGUUUCUCGGCGUACUUCAGUGAGUUGAGCCGGGGGAAGCGGGCGGUGGAGCACAGAGCGGUGAAGGCUCGUGAUCCUACACCGGUGGAGGAGCUCAGUCCGGCGGAUGUGUUCAUAGCGGUGAAAACCACCAAGAAAUAUCACCACACCAGGCUGGAUCUACUGCUGGACACGUGGAUCUCUACAAACAUGCCACAGACAUAUGUAUUCACCGAUGGAGAGGAUGACAGGCUGAGGAAGAGGAUGGGGAGUCACAUGAUCAAUACGAACUGUUCAGCGGCCCACAGUCGCCAGGCUCUGUCCUGUAAAAUGGCCGUCGAAUACGACACUUUCAUCAGCUCUGGCAAGAAGUGGUUCUGCCAUGUGGAUGACGAUAACUACGUGAACAUACGUCCCCUUGUGAAGCUCCUGUCUCACUACAGCCACGCCCACGACGUCUACAUUGGCCGGCCUAGCCUCGACCGACCGCUAGAAGCCACCGAGAGGUUUGGCGACGCCCACACGCGUCCAGUGCGUUUCUGGUUUGCCACAGGAGGAGCUGGGUUCUGUGUUAGUCGAGGUCUCGCCCUCAAGAUGAGCCCCUGGGCCAGUGGAGGUAAUUUCAUGACAACAGCUGAUCGUAUUCGUCUCCCUGACGACUGUACGAUUGGUUACAUCAUCGAGGCAUUGCUAGGGGUUGGUCUUAUCCGCUCCCCACUGUUCCACUCUCACCUGGAGAACCUUCAGCUGGUGUCACCGACACAGAUACACCACCAGGUGACUCUGAGUUAUGGAACGUUUGACAGUAAGAGAAACAUAAUCAAUGUAAGAGGAGCGCUCUCAUUGGACGAAGACCCUACCAGGUUCAGGUCUGUCCAUUGUGUCUUGUACCCAGACACUCCGUGGUGUUCAGCCCUGACCUGGUACUGAGGUACUGACCCCACCAGUCCAGAGACACGGAAAGAGGGGAGAAGACGAGAGAUGGAGCAAAGACACAGAAGGGGGCGAUAGACAGAGGAGAGAAGUGGAGAAGAGGGACUAGAGAUAUCAAUGAAUGGAUAGACAGAGGAGAGAAGUGGAGAAGAGGGACUAGAGAUAUUGAUGAAUGGAUAGACAGAGGAGAGAACAGGAGAAACAGCCAAUAGCCUCCCUCUGUAUGGUUCCAGAAUGAUGAUGUCAUGAUACGGUACCUUCUGACCAUAGAACGGCUUUCUCCAGCUCUCAUGUCCUGCUUGCUGUCACAGGGAUGGAGUCGGAUCAUUUUGGGGUUCCUAGGGCCUCGGGGGGGGGCACCUCGUGGGACGACACUGGAUCUCUCCGUCACCGGAUCCUUACGCCCUCUAACCCUUGACCUCUAACCCCUGGUCCCUCCCAGAGAGGCCUGGUGGGGGGGGGGGGGGAGACGAGCGCGACGUUGUUGUGAAGUUGCUGAUUGCAGAUGUCUCUGUGUGUUGCAGCUCGAACAGAGAGCCUCUGUUUCCAGGCUGUUGUGUCGCUCCGCUGUGUAGCCUGAGUUCCAGCCUGUUGUGUCGCUCCGCUGUGUAGCCUGAGUUCCAGGCUGUUGUGUC